AUGCUGCCGCGUGCCCUCGUCUGCACGGUCACCCUGCUCGUGGAUGGCCUGUGCUGGACGGCCACCGCUCAGCAGGCUGAGUGGGAUCUGGUGGUCGCCUUCUCCGGGGCGAAGGAGGAAUUCUCGCCGGACGCGCCGUGCUACGUGCCGGGUCCGAGGCAUGCUCUCUCACAGCUGCAGCGGGUGACGGGCUCAUCGCCGCCCUCGCUGACAGUCUGCACCUGUCGAUGCCGACGGCACGCCGACCAACGCUUCGCCGUCUUCGUGCCGGUCGGCAGCGGCGGGGGCUGCUACUGCACCGACUCGAUAAAGAAAGUAGGCUUCGCCGCCACCAGCAACGCAACAUGCGCCGACCCGUCUCUCAACGUCCGCCUGGUGAUGGAGACCGGCAGCCCGGCGGCCAAGAAGCUCGCCUGUUCGGCAGCGAAUGCUAAAGCACCGGAUAUUUCGGUGAAGGUACCGCUAAGAGCAAACAGAAACCCAGAAAUGUCUAAGGCCAACGAUUCCAGCGAGUCAUCAUCUCCAGGGGAGGCAACCGCCACUUCCAUUAACGUCAAGACAUUGCAACCAGUGAGUAGCCAACAGUCCGGCUCCACGAUCACCAACGUUCGGGUAACUACGUCUGCGGAAGCAACAGCAACAGCCAGCACGAAAAGGCCGGCAGAAGGCAUUUCGUCAAAUGAUACCGUAACCACUGAAACGAGCUCAUCUGCCAUGCAGGAAACAGGAGCCCAGGUAUCGAGCGAAGCACACGUUGUCGCGACGGCGAGCGAAGCCAACAGCACCAGCAACAGCUCAGCCACGAUGUCAAACCCAGCAGUCGACGGGGAGACACUAACAACUAAGUCUGCACAACUAAACACAACCGCCGUUGCUCCACCAGUCGAACGGACCACGAACCAAUCUUCAGCAUCUUCCUCUACUUCCCCGCUGUCAGCUGAGAACGCAAGCGCAAACGCGAGCGCAGCAAAUGACGUGCGUCGAAACGGAACUGCGACCCCAAGCCCACCCGCAGAAGUCGCAGCUAACAGUACAGAAAGCGUCCCCGUUACACAGCCGAUGGUGGCAGCAGCAUCAGCCCGAGAUGACUCCAGCAAAGAGCCAGCAGCCGGCGCCUCAACCGCAGCUGUCCGCCGGGUGGAGACGAUGGCGGCAGCCGCCCAGACCUCGGCGCACGAUCAGGGGAAGACAGCCGCCGUCCAGCAGAAGACUAGUAACGGACCUGGACCUGCCGCCCACAAGCCGUCGCCGCUGGCCCGACUGGAACGGCUGCUGACAAGCCGCAAGCUCAUCCUGGCGCCCAAGAGCGCGCCUCAGGCGCCGAGGCCGCCCGUCCCGAAUGCCGGCCGUGACACCGUCCGCCAGCUGACACCUGGCGGCUUGCCGGCAAACUUCAAACUGCCUCCGCCGACGACAGGGCUGCAGCUGCUCGGCGUCAGUGAGGGCGGCUCGAGCGUGAGGCAGUCCGGCCCCCAUGGUCAGCAGCUGCUCACCCAAAGCCAGCGGCUAGGGCUUGACGUGUAGGCAAAUGCUUUAAACUGCUGUGAUACGACGUCUUCAACGUGGGGAGAAGUUCUGCUGAUGUUGCAGUCAGAUGGCACUCGACGAGAAUGCAAACCGGCAGUUGGCAGUGGUGGGCGGCCACUAUCGGAACCACUUUAGAGUA